AUGUGUGUCUCUAAUUUCCACAGAGCCCCGCUCACCAUGUCUGAGGGCUGGGAGGACUGGCCACUGCUGGGCCCGGGCUGGAAACGGAGGACAGCCGUCCGUAAAUCGGGACAGUCUUGUGGACACUCAGACACUUAUUAUCAAAGUCCCACUGGUCAGCGUUUUCGUAGCAAGCCUGAGCUGUCCAAGUUCUUAGGAGAAUCCGUGGACCUGUCAUGCUUUAAUUUCAAGCACGGAACCCUAAUACCACUAGAGAAGAGAAAGAAGAAUAAGAAAAAGAAGAAGAAGGCAACGCCAACAUCCCCGGGGGCAUCAACUUCUCCAGGGUCCCCAACAUCUCCAGUGCAUUUUGAGAAAUCUCUGUCCUUUCCUCUUCAAUCCUCUGAUGAACACCAGCAAAAUGGGGGGGAUGUAAAGUCAAUGAAAGCGUGCUGCAGUGGUUGUAAGGUUUGGUUUACCGGGGUCGAGUUUGGUCGGUCGAAGCACACGGUUUGGUACUGUGCGAAGUGUCGUGCUAAUCGUAGAGCAUUCAACAGGGAACAGAAGCUGCUGAAGAGCAUCGGCUGUGGUAAAUGUGCUGCAUGCAGUUUGACUGAGAACUGUGGUUCUUGUUCGAUAUGUCUCCUACGUUCCCACAACCCUGAAUUCGGAAGCUCCUGGAAGUGCAUGAAAAGGCGCUGUCUGAAGGCUAUCCACAAGCCAGGUGACUGUGGAGUGUGCCAGGGCUGUACAGCAACAGAAGACUGUGAGGCUUGUUCUGUGUGUUUAAAGAGGCAACAGAACCCAGAUCUGCACAUCAGUAGGAAAUGUGUGAAACGCAGAUGCCACAAAAAAGAAAUCACGGACCAAACCAGAAGUAAUUAAAGAUUUUGCUACCAAGAAAUUAAAAACAGUAAGUAAGACUUAUAGUGGUUUGGAUGAUCUAAUGGGUAGGGCAGAAAUUUAUUUAAAAAUACAUCUGGUAAAUACAGAAGGCUUACAUCCUCUAAAGGUAGGCCGUCGCAAGAACCGAAAAUGUGGCACGUGUGAGGCCUGCCAAAGGAAACAGGACUGUGGCGAUUGUGACUUCUGCCAGGACAAGCCCAAAUUCGGUGGCCGUAAUCUUAAGCGGCAGAAGUGUCGCUGGCGCCAGUGUCUGCGGUUUGCCGCGGAAAAAAAUAUCCCUGUGAAUCUCAAGUCUAGCAAUCACCCUGUGAUCCUGGAGCGACUUCAGAGAGAGAAA